CAUUGAAUUACUUUAUUUCUCUUAAAUGUCUUAGGGAUAUCAUUCUAAUACUUAUACCUAUUGUUAAGCUUUCCAAAGUUAGGGUUUUGCUGCAAUAAGUAUAUGCGCUCUCCAUUUGUUUAAAGCUCAGGAAUAAUGUAGGCAUCAUUUCCUUUGAGACUCCCUUCAGUUCUGAGUAGAUCAUUCCCCAACUCUCGGGGUCUUCAAAGAACAAAGAAAUGGCAUAACAUCCUGGAUACUUCCAGAUCUGGUCAAUUUUGUAGAGAUCUAUGGCGAAUCUGAGGAAGAAUUUCUCAAAGUAUGAGUAUCUCCUUACUUAAAUUUCUCUACUGAACAAGAACAGGUUUCUUCUAAAACUUUUCAAAUUUUCUAAAUUCCUUAAAAACCAACUCUAAAAUUACCCAGAGAUUAUUUUCACCACUUAGGUUUAUCUUAAACUAUAUUUCUGUAUUGGUGGAUUAUAUCUCUGAGAGUGCUGAGGAAGCAUCGAAGGGUUUGAUAGUAGGCUGUCAUAGAUAGGUUUUUCUGUGGUUAUAUAUAGUGAACUUUCUGUUAAGGCAUCUUUUCAGAGAUUUAAGAUAUAGGUCUAUGCUCUUCGGUCAGGGAGUUUAUAGAGUCUAUUGGAAGACUGAAGUUGAGAGAGAUCUUUUGGAGGAUUAUUUGAAGAUUUUGGUGUCUUUUGUAAGCUUUUGUUGUAUUUAUGGGAGGAUGCUGGUCUACCAUUCUUAUUUUGGCUUCAUGAAGACAGCAAGUAUCUUUUGGAAUAGUAUUUUCAGGCUGAAGGAUGGUAUCCUCUGGCUGGAGUAUUGUAUCCUCUAAGCUGGAGUAAGUUUCUGUGACAAAUGACUCUUCAGAUAAAGAUUUCUGUUCUUCCUUGAGAAUCACACUCAAAUUAUUGUUGCUGGGUGAGUUUGAGUCCUCAUCUUUAGUUUCUUCUUUCACACCAAGAACUAUUAAACUAAAUUGGCUACAUAAUUUAAUGCAUACAGUCAACAGAAUGUUUCGUGUGUUCAUCUACAUCUCCUUAUUUGGCUCUUCCGUAACUCUUACUUACAUUCUGAGUCCUUCUGGUUCAUUUGCAU